GCAGGGCGUGGCCUCUGGGGCCCGUGGACGCGACCCAUUCCUUUUUUCCCUCCUCUCCCUUUUAGCGCGUGCGCGCUGGUGGGCCUCGCUGAGGCUCGGCGGAGAAAAGGGAGCUGGAAGAAGGGGGUGCCCAAUGGCGGCGCGCUGGGAAGUGGUGCGGAAGCCGAGCCGGCGGGGCCCAGGAGGCGGUGGGCGGAAAGCGCUAGGCGAGGCCAAUGGGGGCCGUGGACUGGCCCCGCCCCUGCCUCUGGCGCCUUCCGAAACCCUCUAUGAGCUCGCCUUUGAGAAGACCAUGAAAAAGCAGAACAAAGAACAGGUGCCACCACCCCCCGGGCAGCAGCCACAACUGAAAAAGCAAAACCUGGGAAAGCCUCCCAAGAAAACAGCAGCUGGAGAUUUGGGGCACAAACAAGGCCAAUUCCGUUCAUUGGAAGAUGCCCUGAAAGCGCUUGAUUUGUCAGAACUCCAGAAGGAGCUGGAUAAAAGUUUGAGCAUGUUCCCUGAGAAUCCUUCUGUGUGGGUCAAGGACCUAGCUGGAUAUCUGAACUACAAGCUGCAGGCUCCUAGGAGUGACCCCACACUUAGCCAGCACCCUCAUGACUAUCCCUACUGUCUUGUGAACAAGGAACUGAGGAGCAUAAUCAAGUCCCUGCUGUCGAAAUCCGGGGGCGUACUGGAACUCUUCUUUGACCACUGUAUUUACACAAUGUUGCAAGAGCAGGACAAGAUGCCUGGGGAGUCACUGCAUGGAUACAGGAUCUGCAUACAAGCAGUGCUGUUGGACAGGCCUAAAGUUGCCACAGUGAACUUGGGCAAGUAUCUGGAGCUCUUGAGGUCCUAUCAAAACCGACCGGCCAAAUGUCUCACCAUCAUGUGGGCUUUGGGGCAAGCUGGAUUUACAGAUCUUACAGAAGGACUUAAAGUGUGGCUUAGCAUUAUGCUUCCUGUUCUGGGCAUCAGAUCACUUUCCCCAUAUGCCAUCACCUACUUGGAUCGACUGUUGAUGAUGCACCCCAACUUGACAAAAGGCUUUGGCAUGGUUGGACCCAAAGACUUCUUCCCUAUCUUGGACUUUGCCUUCGUACCCAACAACUCCUUACCACCCAGCCUGCAAGAGCAGCUACGGCAGUCGUAUCCCCGCCUGAAAGUGCUGGCCUUUGGGGCAAAGCCGGAGACCACCCUGCACACAUACUUCCCUUCCUUCCUCUCCAGGACUUCUCUCAACUGCCCAGAUGACAUGAAAAAGGAGCUGCUGAACUGCCUGACCGACUGCCUCAACCUGGAUCCUCUCAGCUUCAGCGUCUGGAGACAGUUGUACGUCAAACACCUCUCACAGUCCAGUCUGCUCCUGAAUCAUCUUUGCAAGUCCUGGGACAAGACUCCCAAAAAGAUGCGAAAAUCUUUGCAGGAAACUGUCCACUCCUUUAAAGUCACAAACGAAGAGCUGGCCUUGAAAGGACCAAACAGCGUUCAGGAUUUAGUUGCUUGCAGAAGCGCCUGUCAGAACUUGCUGCUGAAGAUGAAAGGCAGUGGGUUCCCCUGGUUUCGACUCCUGCUGGUUAUUCUGGUAUUUACCACAGGGUUUUUGAUGCAUGAUAUUAGGACUCAUGGCUCCUUUGAAGCUUCUGCCUCUGCUCAUAUCCUUCGCAACUCUGGCAUCCUAUCUGCUUCUCAGCAAGCCUGGAACAAAGUUUCCCAUUAUUCUUUCAAAGGAUACAGCUGGCUAGAAGCAAAUGUGCCUCUCUACUACUCACACAUGGUGACGGUGUUAGGACCAAAUCUGGAGCUAGUCUGGGCCAAGACUAAUGAGACCGCCAUGUACAUCUCUGAGAAGUGCUCUACUCAGCUAGCCUGGCUUGGAGACAACCUGCCCAGGCUCAUUGAAUGGCUCCAGACCCACCUUCCCGAUUCUGUGUUGCAUCUGGCUGAGCACCUCAAGGAGCUGCUGCUCUUCCUCAUGCGGAACUACCUUCUGCCAGCUGUCGACUACAUCACUGGGACACUGGAGCAAGGCUGGGAACUCUGGGUGGCCUCCUGCAAUGGCGAAGGGUCCUGGGACUGCUUGAGAAGACAGCUGGCGAGCCUCACCCAUUCCUCUUGGAUAUACCUCCAGGACACAACCAUUGCCGUCAAGAACUGGGCCUUGGCCGUUAUCUCCGGCCACUGAGAUCCACGAGUUGGGCGGGAGGUUUGGGUUGCUGCUGGCGACUGACAGCAGAGUGUGCCAACUGCUUGUUCUUAGUGCUGAUUCUCAGGGUCAGGGACGAUCUCCUGCUGUGAAGCCCUUGCUCUGCCUGGGCCUUCCGGGCUCUGAGCCUGCUAUGCCAGCAGGCCAGUUCUCCCUGUUCUCUGCUAGGGCCUUAGCUGCCCCCUUCUCAUCGGCCAGUCCUGUUGCUUAGCUGUUGACUAUGGGAUCGUGGUGUCAGCAACAGCUUUUGAGGCAGCAAUGCCCUCCCCAUCCGAUUGUCCCUCUGGCUGCUUGAGGCUGGGGUGCAGGUCAAAAAGCACUGCCUCUCUCCUACCUGAGCAAACUGUUCCGUGCCGUUAUCCCAGAUAAAUGGGCCAGGGGGGGACAAUGAUCUUCUUCCCUGCCAUUUUAUGCAUGGAGCUCCCGUUCCUGGAACUGUGCUCUUCUCCCCCUGCCCAUCCCUCUACUCCUGAAGUCAUUCCCAAGGUCUGGUGCUUGCUUGUGAUGCUCUCUUGCUAGUCUCCCUCCCAUCUCCUUGUCAUCUGGGAGAAGGGCUUCACGCACGGCAUCCCAGACUUCCAGCCUGCAUGCUUCAACUGAUCGGUAAUUGUCUUGGUGCUGCCAGCAACUCCUGUGUGGUAGAAGCAAGGAUGUUGAGCCUCUUCCACGCCCUUCAAGUGCUGCCUUUGCCUUUUUGUGUACCCAGGAAGGGGGUCCUGGUGGUUGAGGUUGGGUAAUUCUCCAGCCAUGUGAAUAGGCAUGAGAGCAAUGCGAAGUCUGUAGGAAAGGGAGGAGGCGGUUGCUCAUAGUGUUGGAGAGAAGCCUGCAAGUCCUGUAGGAGCAACCGUUCCAUCCUCCAAAGACACUUAGGGAAGUGAACAGUUCUCACAGUGAUGGAUGUGGGUGUGGAUCCUGUUUUUAAUGGCAUUUUCUCAGUCCACUUUUUAACUCGCCUCUCUCUGCCCCUAAAUUAAAUGUUGUCCUCCUGGAGGGAAGAGGAAUGCUGCUGUGGUCGGCCCUAUGUGGUUUGGUCAACAUGAGUGUGGCCUUGUGGCUGCCUCCACACUGUGGCAUGAAUAUUGUCGGGCAUUCCUGUCCCCUCCUUGAAAUUAAUGAGUAGGGACCAAGUCGUGAUGGAUUUGCUUGGGGAAAUAAUAGAUUGGAGGCAGCGUCUCUUAAAUUGCGCAGCACAUGCCUCCAUAGCAUCAUGUCAGGAUUGUCUGCUAACAGGCUGGGCCUGCGUCUCAGUGCACAUCAGGUGCUACUUGCCCUGCCAGACUCAGGUGUGUAUUUGUGUAUUGGAGGGGGGGGUAGGUGUUAGAGCAGGACUUGUGAAAAGCAUGCUGUCUGCCCUUGUGGACCAGGCUGCUGAUCAUGGGCUGUUCUCUUUGACGCAUUUGGAAUUCCAAAGGUAAUGGGACUAAGUCAUGACAGUUAUGUGACACUCUUUGUUGUGUGCAAUAAAGGAAAAUCUCUUUGGUUA